UAUCGGUCAAUAGCAGAGAGAGCAGAUUUAAGAGAUAGUCAUCGUCGUUCUCGUUCUCGUUCGGCCAACAUUUCACUCGGCGAAGAAGCCGGUUUCGAUCUAGGGUUCUCUCUCUCUGUGUCGCUUUUGUCCGUGGGCGGAGGAGCUCGAGCUCGGUCGUGUUCUCUCGAUCAUGGAGGGAGGAGGAGUCGAUCACUUGGCUGAAGAGAGGCAGAAGUCGCGGUUCGAUGUGGACGAGAUGAAGAUCGUCUGGGCCGGUUCCCGCCACGCCUUCGAGGUCUCCGAUCGCGUGGCCCGCCUCGUCGCCAGCGAUCCGGCCUUUCGGAAGGACAACAGAAAUUUGCUGAGCAGGAAAGAGCUUUUCAAAAAUACUCUCAGAAAAGCUGCCUAUGCUUGGAAGCGCAUUAUGGAGCUUCGACUUACUGAGGAAGAGGCGGCGAAGUUGAGGUUCUUUAUUGAUGAACCUGCUUAUACAGAUCUUCAUUGGGGAAUGUUCGUUCCUGCCAUUAAAGGACAAGGAACCGAGGAGCAGCAACAGAAGUGGUUGCCAUUGGCAUAUAAGAUGCAAAUAAUCGGAUGCUAUGCACAGACUGAACUUGGCCAUGGCUCAAAUGUCCAAGGUCUUGAAACUACUGCUACGUUUGAUCCCCAGACAGAUGAGUUCAUCAUUAAUAGUCCCACGCUAACUUCUAGCAAGUGGUGGCCUGGCGGACUUGGUAAAGUUUCCACACAUGCUGUUGCUUAUGCACGACUUAUUGUUAAUGGUCAGGACCAUGGAGUGCAUGGUUUUAUUGUCCAGCUUCGGAGCUUGGAUGACCAUAUGCCUCUUCCUGGAAUAACUGUCGGUGAUAUUGGCAUGAAAUUUGGAAGUGGAGCUUAUAACACCAUGGACAAUGGAGUCCUUAGAUUUGAUCAUGUGCGAAUUCCAAGAAAUCAAAUGCUAAUGAGGGUUCUGCAGGUUACAAGGGAAGGGAAGGUUGUGCAAUCUGAUGUGCCACGACAGCUGAUUUAUGGGACAAUGGUGUAUGUCCGCCAAACUAUAGUAUCGGAUGCUUCCUCUGCUUUGUCACGGGCAGUUUGUAUUGCUACAAGAUAUAGUGCUGUUCGUAGACAAUUUGGGUCACAAAAAGGUGGUCCUGAGACCCAGGUGAUUGACUAUAAAACUCAGCAAAGCAGACUUUUCCCCUUGUUGGCUUCUGCCUAUGCUUUCCGAUUUGUUGGUGAAUGGUUGAAAUGGCUAUAUACGGAUGUGACUCAACGGUUGCAAGCAAAUGAUUUUUCAACAUUGCCAGAGGCUCAUGCGUGCACUGCUGGUUUGAAAUCUUUGACAACCUCCGCAACUGCUGAUGCAAUUGAAGAAUGUAGAAAACUAUGUGGUGGUCAUGGUUACCUGACUAGCAGUGGUCUUCCUGAGCUAUUUGCAGUUUAUAUUCCUGCCUGUACGUACGAAGGAGACAAUACCGUUCUGCUUUUACAGGUUGCAAGGUUUCUUAUGAAGACCGUUUCUCAGUUGGGCUCUGGAAAACAGCCUGUUGGCUCAACAGCAUACAUGAGCCGGGCGGAACAUCUCAUGCAAUGCCGUUGCAGUGCUCAAAGAGUUGAGGAUUGGUUGAAGCCCGAUGUAGUUUUGGAGGCAUUUGAAGCAAGAGCCUUGAGGAUGUCAGUUGCCUGUGCGCAGAAUCUCAGCAAAUUCUCAAAUCCAGAGGAAGGUUUUGCGGAGCUGUCUGCUGAUUUGGCUGAGGCAGCAAUUGCUCAUUGCCAAUUGAUUGUUGUUUCCAAAUUCGUUGAGAAAUUACAGCAAGAUAUACCUGGACAGGGGGUAAAGCAACAAUUGCAGACACUUUGCUUCGUUUAUUCGCUGCAUCUUCUCCACAAGCAUCAGGGAGAUUUUCUGUCCACCGGUUGCAUCACUCCAAAACAAGCUUCCUUGGCCAAUGAACAGCUCAGAUCUCUUUAUUCUCAGGUUCGCCCUAAUGCAAUUGCGCUUGUCGACGCAUUUAACUACACCGACCACUACCUGGGCUCUGUUCUUGGCCGCUACGAUGGGAAUGUGUAUCCAACGCUGUACGAGGACGCGUGGAAGGAUCCUCUGAACGACUCUGUUGUGCCCGAUGGCUAUCACGAGUACCUCCGCCCUGUGCUAAAACAACAGCUUCGCAAUGCAAGACUCUAAAGAACAUGGUUCUCGGGUCCGACCGCACCCCCUCGUAAUGUUUUGUUAAUUAUGUGGUUUAAGCCAAUAAAUUCAGCUGCAACGAGUGCCAAGAAGGUGGUAAGACUUGGUAUUUAAGCAAAGCUUCUGUAGCAGGAGUAAUCAAUUAUAGUUGACAAGGAUGACAGAGUAGCGACCGAUAAUUUGGGACAAUAAGAUAUCUGUACUCGUAUAUUCUUUCUCUAGCAUGACUUGGGAUUACUAAUUAAGUUUCAAGAAGAGUAAUCCUCAGUA